AUGUGGAGGGCAGCUCGCGGCUCUGUAUGCUUGUUAUGUCGUUCGGCAGCACAACCCAGGACUGCGCUCCUGGAGUCGGCGCAGCCAUGGAUCAGCCAGCGCAGCUUCGCAAUGCGCAGAGACGCCACUAGAGAACGCCCAUCCCGCAUGGUGUUGUCCGACCGCGUCGCCCGUGGGCCUCGAACAGAUGCUCCCAGGAGGCCCCGCGAUAGGCCCGAUGGCCCCUGGGCAGGCGCCAACCGGACCGUCGCCAAUGUCGAUCGCGACCGCCGACGACGACCUCCAGGGUCUACACAGGAACGAGACGGAGGCACACGCGAUAGGGACACAAGAGACACUAGAGAGAGACACCCGGGUGCGUCGCGUAACAGAGACGAUAACCGCUUCAAGGCUCUCAAGAUGCAGCGCGCCCUCACCAGCAUCGCCUACCGCGAACGUGUCAAUGUCAAGGCCCAAGGUGUCUACAACGAAGUCCUGAAGGGCAUGGUGGGUGUGAAACCGACACCGGUACAGAGGCUCGCCAUCCCGGCCCUGCUCGGACAGCGCAUCGGGCAACAGAGGGAGACAAACCACCGCAGGGCGGCGCCGGAGUCGAAAAGAGAAGAGUUCCUCCUGGCUGCCGAGACCGGGUCUGGCAAGACGCUGGCGUACUUGCUGCCCAUCAUCAACGCCCUCAAGGUGGCCGAGGCCGACGAUGUGGAUGCGAAGGCAUACAACGUGCGGCUGGAGGCCGAGAAGGAGCGCCGCGGUGGGACCCCGGUGUCAGAAUGGAUCGACAAGUUCGAGCCGCACCCGAACCAUGCCCGCCCCCGCGCCAUCGUGCUGGUCCCGACAUCUGAGCUCGUCGACCAGGUGCUCGCCGCCUCGAAAAAGAAUUUCCCACGUGGCCAAGAUCAAACCACGGCGGCAUCGACAUGGUCGUUGCCACCCCGCAUCUUCUCGCCGACAUGGCGCAUAGUGACCCUAAUAUCCUCUCGCGUGUGCACCACCUCGUCAAUCGACGAGGCCGACUCGCUCUUCGACCGCUCCUUCGCCCCAGAGACCUCCAAGAUCGUGGAGCGCGCGAUGCCCUCGCUCAAGCAACUCAUUCUCUGCUCCGCCACUAUCCCGCGUCGCCUCGACAACUACCUGGCUGCGCACUUCCCCAACAUUGUGCGCAUCGCCACCCCCAACCUGCACGCGAUCCCGCGCCGCGUCCAGCUCGGCGUCAUCGACGUGUCCAAGGACCCCUUACCGCCAACAACAAGCUGGCUCGCCUCGCAUCAUGGUCUUUGUCAAACGAGCGCGAGACCACCCAGGAGGUGGCCGAGUACCCUGGUGUCCAAGGGCAUUGACGCCAUCGCCCUGCACCGCGACACCCCCGAGCACCGCCAGAGCGAGAUGCUGAACAGCUUCACCACCACCGAGCCCAUGCGCCUGUCCAAGGCCGAGGUCGAGGCGAACAAACAAGCCGCCCUGGCCAAGGCGGGCGGCGUCAGCAAGAGGCACCUGGCAAACACCAAGGUUAUCGUGGCCACGGAUUUGGCGUCGCGGGGUAUUGAUACGUUGGCCGUCAGACACGUGGUGCUGUAUGAUGUGCCGCACACCACGAUCGAUUUUAUUCAUCGGCUGGGCAGGGCUGGCCGUAUGGGGAGGCGUGGCAGGGGAGUUGUGUUGGUGGGCAAGGACGAUCGGAGAGACGUCGUCUCGGAAGUGAAGGAGAGCAUGUUUAUGGGGCAAGCGCUGAUUUAG